AUGGCGCCCAAGACACGCGGCACCCGCAGCGGCGGCGGCGGCGUCUCCCCGAGCUCCUGCGUCAAGAGAGCGAGGAAGCAAGCGAGAGCAGGAGCGGACGCGGAUGAUGCUACAAGUACAGUUGACGACAGACUGCCUGAACAAGGCGACACCGUGGCAUUGAAUGAGAAAGACGACGCUCAACCUGCUAAACCAAACGCCUCACCACUCGCUUUGCUCCAAGACGCAGCUUCCGCUCCAGAAUUUACAUCAUACAAUGUCUCGGCGAAGCCCAGGCUCAUUCCAUGCCGGAAAAGCCUGCACCCCAGGAUGGCAAGCGAUGGCUCAACAGUGGUGUUUUCACCCCGCUCACCACCGGAUCUGAUCUUCACGCACGGCGCGGGUGGCGAUUUGAACGCGACGGCGAUGGUGAACUUUUCGUACGGUUUUGCGUCGGCGAUGGCGUCCAUCAUCAUGUUCCAGGGGCCCAUGAACUUGGAGAGGCGCGCCGCGGGCUUCGCAGAAGUGCUUGACUUUGACAAGAGGGGCUGGUCGGAGGAGGGCGAGCCCGGUUACCAUGGUGAGCAGGCGCAGGCGGUAGCGUUCGGAGGCCGGAGCAUGGGUGCUCGAGCAGCGGUGGUCGCGUCACAGGCAGCGCCCGCGGCGGGAAGCCCGCAUGGGAAGCUGCUCAUCCUUGCUUCGUACCCGCUCGUCAGCCCGAAAGGGGACCUGCGAGAUGCAAUCCUCCUCUCGCUGCCGGCAGGGACCUGCGUGCUGUUCAUUUCCGGUGACCGCGACAACAUGUGUCCGGUCGCGGAGCUGGCGAAAGUGAGAGCGAAGAUGACAGCCAAAACAUGGCUGGUGACGGUCGUCGGGGCGGAUCACGGGAUGGACGUGCGUGGAGGCUCAGCUUUGAAGAAAGGCACCGAGGAGGUGGGCAGGGAGUGCGGGCGGAUUGCUGCGCGAUGGCUGCGACAGAGAGAUGACGGUGUCCGUGAGAUGCGAGUCCGCUGGGAUGGUGAGCGAGGAAAGGUCUUGGGGUCCUGGGGUAACGACAAGGACGAAGCUGGACGUGAAAAGGGGCAGAGCGCAGGGAUCAAGAGGUUUUUCUCGAAAGUUGACCCAGAUCCAAAGGACCUCAAGGCAAAGUCGGCGGGAAGUCGAAGCACGAAGAACAGGAAGACGAAGACGUAG